AUGGCUGCAGCGUACGAAGCUGCGCGAGCACAUGCGCUUGGUGCGCGUGUCGUUGGUACGUCAAGUGGGCUGAGACAAGACCCCUUCUUGGUGCCCGGCUCGACGAACCGCCUCUUUCUAUCGCUUCGAUCUGGGAUUGCGUCUCAGGUAGACUGGGCUCUUCGUAACUUGGCCUCGUACACGUUUCAGAUGGCAGACAAAUUUCUCGUGGCCGAGUAUCCGGGCUUGUGCGAUGCACUCGCAGAGUUUGUGAGGCGCCUGUGCUUUGCGGCGCAUGGCCUCCCGCGCAGACGAUGGGACCUGAUGCAAGCGGAUAUCCAUGUGAAUGGCAUGCUUGUGGACCAAGGCUAUGGUCUGGACGAUGAAUAUGCGGGUAUUGCGGCGACCAGCGUUGCCUUGGCACGUCGCAAGGCUACACCGCCUAUCCCGACCGACGCGCCCUUCCAACCCGCCGUGUACGCGCGCGACGCAGCACUGUUGCGGCGUGCCGCAGAAGCGACACUGAUCCUGCGCAAUUUGUCCCUCUCAAGUGCGAAUGUGGCAAGUCUGGCACAGGUGCCGAUGGUUCUCGAUGUCAUUCACCAAGGACUCGCCUUAGAAGACGUGCAUGAAUGCCAUGACCUGCGCGUGAACAUGCUUGAGGUGCUCGAGUGCCUUGCCCCCCAUCUCGUCCUCAGUGACUGGGCACGCCAGCGGUUCGUGCUGCACCAUACCCAAGAGGCUGCACGGUUUGUGGAGGACGAAAUCUUUGCGCGGCUGUACGACAUGGCGCAUCACUCGCAGGACCGUGCGCUGCUUCUUGGGUCGCUGCGGUGCCUGCGUGCAUUUGCAUCCAACACGGCCAAUGCACCUGUGCUGGCAGAGGUUGACUCGAGCCUGCAGCCGACACACCUGCACCUGAUGACGCGGUGCCUCGCCCUGCUGCCACUGACCCAGGAUCCAGAGCUACUCGAGGCCGCAUUGGAUCUGCUAUACCAAUUGGUCAUGGUGGGGGACAAUGCGUUGCUGCUGGGUGUGCUUACGAGCCUAGACAAGCGUGCGUACGACCCGAGCGGCCACGAGGCAUCUCCCACGCAUGCCAUUGUUGGCUUCCUCGCGCGGAACCUUGCGCUGGGCAAGUCGGUGUGGGAGCGCGAUACGGACUUGACCGUGAACCAGGGCGCCUGGUGGGCGCCCCAUGUCCCCAGUGUGACGCGCACGCGGCAGCGGCGCGAGCUGGAGCGACGUGAGAAAAUGACGCCGGCUGAGCGCGCGCGCUACAAGCAGCUCCCACCCGACGUGCAGGCACGCCUGGAGCGUCUUGGUGAGCCCGAGCGUGGGAUGGAGUGGAUGAAGACACUGUUUGAGUAUGACCCGCAGGGCGAGGUCACGCAGAUGGAGUUCUGGAUCACGUACCGCGACCAAUUCACGCCCACGGCGAACCGGGGAGGGGCGCCGCUGCAACCGGCCGCCAACCUGAUCCGCAAUGUCUCACAAGCGUUCCCCGGGGCUGCAGCGAUGGUGAUCCCAGGGGCGCCUGGUGCACAGCCGCGCUUUGUGAUUCGCGGCAUUGUCCCGCGGAUCCGUGCCACGCCCGGCCCGGUGUGCCCAUGGCUGGGGUGCCCGAGUCCCCAGGCGCCAAGCUGGGCUGCUGUGCGCGAGCAUCUGGAGACGCAUGUGUCGCUGUCGAACGAGGGCGUGUGUCGAUGCCUGGGCUGUACCUUUGUGGCGCUGUCUGGCGAUGAGGCGAUCCAGCGCGCGCAGCUGCUACAGCACGUCCUAACGCAUCUUCCGAUGGCCGAGGAGCCGGGCGUGCCACGUGCCCCGAGUGCGUCGAAAGCGAGCGGCACGCAGGACCACCCGGGCGUCCUGGCGUUUGACGUGGAGCGCACGCCCUCAGUGCCGACGCUUGUGGCAGGCCAGCCGCCCUCGCCCUGUGGUGUGGCGUUUUUGUCGCUGCUUGUGCUGCGCUACAUGACGCGCGCGUCCCAAGCGAUCCUGCAACGCGAGGGAUUCGGGUGCCCAGCAUACACGUAUGGUGGUGCUGUGCCGGCCGCCCGGACGCCGGCGGAGCGCGAUGAGCAGUUCGGCUUUCCGAUGGCGGCGCUCGCUGACGAUGCGCAGACCCAGACGGAGGUGUCGCCGGACUUUGAGGCACGCAGUGCGCAUGCCGCCGUCCGCAUCAUGGAGGCGGUGGCCAGUGUGGAAGAUGUGCUGGUCGAGACGUCGCUACGCAAUGAUAUUUUGUGCCGCUUUGUCAACGACACGCUCGUGGCGAUCCGCCCCGUAGAUGUAUAG